UACUCUCUCACCCAGUGCAAACAGCACAACUGGAGGUAAGAAUCUUUUCUGCAUUUUUACUGCACAAAUGAGAUAAUGUUGAUCAUAUAUAUUUAAAAGAAACAUAUAUUUCCUGAUUUAUGUGUGUGUUCUGUUGACAAGAGUAGCUAGCCUACAGGUGAUGCUGAAUAUCCAUUUCUGGUUCACAUAAAUUUUAUUUCUGGGAUCCCAUACCGCUGAUGUCCUGCUCACUGUUGUACUGUAUGGCAAAAGAGAGCUUAGGUAAUCAAGGAGACCAGUGGCGGUCGGUGCCGUUUAAGAUGAGGGAGGACACUUUUUUUUCUCAUGAGCAUGUCCUUAUUUCAAUUACAGCAUAUUGGAUGACUGUCAUCAUAUUCUAUUCACCCAGUUUAAUGUAACAGCGAUAGGUUUAGGCUAUGACAUGAUACUCACAUUUUCCCUAUACCCAUCAUGAAGUUUCUACAACCUAGCCUAUGGAUGAAAGUUUACAACGUAGGUGCACACAGGUCGAGAGACAAAUUUGAGGUGACAGACAGUGACACAUGGACAGACAGUGACACAUUCAAUACUGCCUUGCACACUCUUGCCUGCAUCUAGCUGAUCUAGGGUGUAAUCAUUAGUCCAACAGUUGCAAACUAGAGUUUAUAUUGGACAAAUUCAGGUAUGUUUAUCCCCGUUUUGCUUCUGUUUAAGAAAUGUUUUUCAACAGAAUCGGCGGAAUGAAUACACCCCUGAUCACGCGUAAACACAGUCCACUUUCAUAGCAACCACAUUUUAUUCCUUCUCGCGCUCUCCUCCUCUCACCUUUUCCCUUCGCUUAUGGACUUCAAUGCACAACACAUCAGCUGUAUGUGACCAGGCAAAAAAAAACGUUCCAAACCAUAUCAUAACCGCUACACACAGCCUACAUCGUUGUCACCAUAUUAGCUAAAGUAACGUCAUAGUCAACAUAGCUAAUAGAACUAACGCGUUAGUAAACCCGCUACAAUCAUACAGUAACGUUACAGUGUACAGUCAGUAAGCAGUUUAGCACUUACACCGGCGGGCCACGUGGCAAUAAAUUAGUAAAACCAAAAGCUUACCUUGACUUGGAAGAGUUCCAGUGUUGUGUUGGAUAGUCAUAGCCAGCUAGCUAACAUAGCAUCCCUCUCUUUGAGCAGGGUGUUUGAGAAGGCUAGCUAGCUAGCUGCAUUUGCUAGCUAAGAAAGUGAAACUGAAAGUGAAAAAAGGACGUAUUGUCUCUCUCUCUCUUUCUCUCUCUCUUGCUUCUCCUUCAUUUUGGAAUAAAUUAAUUUGUUCAUAACUGUUAAACUAUUGUCUUUCUCUCUCUUUGAGUCAACUACUCACCACAUGUUAUGCACUGCAGUGCUAGCUAGCUGUAGCUUAAGCUUUCAGUACUAGAUUCAUUCUCUGAUCCUUUGAUUGGGUGGAUAACGUCAGUUCAUGCUGCAAGAGCUCUGAUAGGUUGGAGGACGUCCUCCAGAAGUUGUCAUAAUUACUGUUUAAGUCUAUGGAAGGGGGUGAGAACCAUGAGCCUCCUAGGUUUUGUGUUGAAGUCAAUGUACCCAGAGGAGGAGGGAAGCUAGCUGUCCUCUGGCUACACCAUGGUGCUACCCUACAGAGUGCUGUUGAGGCUACUGUAGACCUUCAUUGCAAAGCAAUGUAUUUUAAUCAAUUAUUUGGUGACGUGAAUAUAUUUAGUAUAGUUUUAUCUUAAAAAUAUAACUUUUUUAAUGUUUUACCAUUUUUAUGAAAUUCACUGAGGAGGAUGGUCCUCCCCUUCCUCCACUGAAGGAGACCCAUCUAUGCAGCUUGUCUUGCUGACAGACAGACAGAUUGGUGAAAGAGAGGCUGACGCUCACUAUUUUUACAGUCUACAUCCUUCUGCCCUAAACCAUGGGUGCUUUCCCUUCUCUUCCUCCCAUGCUGCAUAGCCAUUUAGUACAGUGAGAUAUUUCCAUGUUGAAAUACACAAAGUACCACAGCACUCUCUGUAGCUUGUUUUCUCUGAACCCUCUGAAUCAGAAUUGAUUAAUCUAUUAGCAGUUUAAAUAUAGAUAUGGUUGAAAGGCAUUAAUGAAUUAUCCUUGAUUACAGAGGAGGACGUCAGGUCAGUUAAUACGCUCUGAGGGUUGAGGUUUCAGGGUCGAAGGGGGAAAUUAGGAUAAGCAACUAGGGAUUACCCAAGGUCACUGUGUUCCCCCAGCUCUCAGAAGGAGUAAUGCAGGGGCUGAUGAAUGAGGUACUGAGGACACCCUUAAACCCCUUCCUCUCACAUCCUCUCUCCCCACUAUAUUGUAAAUCACUGCAACACCAGUGAAAAAGACAAGGAAUGUGUGACUUAAUGUAAUGUGCACCUAUAGCCUGUUAGGAGGAUUGAGACAACAUCUCCUGCACCCCUCCCUGGCCCGGCCUGGCUCCCACUGACCUGUCUGCUUUUAUAAACAGCUGUUGUGGUGCCGGGCUCCAUGCGGUGACCCCAGGGUCAGCCAGAUCCCAGAGGUGCCUGGGGGGCAGCUCAGCUCUGCUCCGGGCAGGUUCUGUUCAUGGAAAACAUUUUCCAGUGUUUGUUUUCUCUUUCCUCUCUGUUUGUUCGGGCAGAGUUGGCCGUUGUUUUUCUUUACUGACAAUGUUAUGGGGACACUUUCACACAUAUGCUCCCACAGGAAAGCUCUUAUUACACAUGAUUUUUCUUAAAAAUGAAAACAGGAUAGACACCAGGCAUAUCACAGUGUUUAAAAAAAAUGUUUUAGCAACUACAUUUGAUGAGUGUCCUAAGUCUUUUUGAAUUGAUUUGCAGAUGGCUCUGUUUUUUGCCCAGUGGUUGUGAUAACAUAGACAUGAUGGAGAAAAAACAGUAGGCAGACUGGGAAAUAUUAAGGAAGGAUGUUGUGCCAACUCAGAAUUAAGCUGGCAGACAACACACACACACACACACACAAACCUCAGCCGGUUGGUGUAAAACUCUGCUCGUUGAAUUGCACAGUGUGACAGAUGAUAUCAGACCAGGCUAAUGAGGCCCACUGUAAUUGUGCAAGUGUGCGUCUCUCUCGCCUGAAGGGUUGAAACGGGUAAUCCCUUCUACGUGCAGUUUCAGCACCAGCCAUCACACCAGCCAUCUCUCCUACAGUCCAGAUCCAUCAGGCUGGGGAGCUGCCAAGAGGCAUGGGUGGAUGUGGUUGGGGCAUCCAGGGAACUGUACAAUGGCUUUAUGAGCCACUAUCCAUAUGUCCUGUGAUGGACAGUUGUAUCACCACCUCUCCUCUCCUCUCCACUCCUUUCCUCUCUCCUCUUCCCCAGUGCUAAUGUUCCAGGACGUGUGGGGCCGUAGUUUCUGCCGGACCAUAGAGAAGCUGGUGGAGGUGGUCCAAGAGUACCCAGGGGAGGUGGAGCACAUCUACAGCCCCUCCUGUGUGCCCCUGGUGCGCUGUGCUGGUUGCUGUGGCGAUGAGAACCUGGAGUGCCGUCCGACUCGGACCUCUAAUGUCACCAUGCAGGUAAUAGGGCACGUCCCUUCUGAGGAUGGCUGCCAUGUUGUGAGGUCGUCAGUGUAUUUGAUAUUUGUAUGCCAAGACAAGGAAAAUGCUUUUUUCUACUUUUUCCCCUGCAACUUGUUCAACAACGUGUUCAUUCUCAGCUGUUGAAAAUCAAGCCAGCGGAGCAGGGUCAAGAAUACGUUGAAAUGACUUUUGUGGAGCACCAGACAUGUGAAUGUAGGUAAGAGAAAAAAAGACUUCAUGCUUUGAUAGUAUGUGUUUGGUCACUGUAAACCAGUUGCAUUGUAAUAUGAUAUUAUGCUAAAUGAUAUGACUGACUUUUAUAUAAUUAAUCAGUGUUGUUCAUAUUUAAUUCCUAGAAUCAGGAAGGCUGUGGUGAAAAGUGAAAGGUGAGCAUAUCAAUUGUCAUAAUGUCCAUUGUAAAGUUAGAUAGUGGGACAGAAAUGUUGCUGUCUCUAUAAUACUUAGUUGAGCUCAUAUUGCUGAUAUCUUUCUGCAGAAGGAGACAGAGAGGAAGAGGAAAGAAAAGAAAGGAGAGACAGAGAGUGAAAGAUUGUGAC